AGAUGGUGAUGUUGCUGGAAUGGUGGUCAGGCACCGAUUGCACCCUCUACACUGACCCAGAGAGUUACCACAAGUAUGGGAAGGAGAAUGCCAUCGUAAUCCUUAAUCACAACUUUGAAAUUGACUUUCUCUGUGGUUGGAACUUUUGUGAAAGAUUUGGGGUCUUGGGGAGUUCCAAAGUGCUUGCAAAGAAGGAGCUCUCCUAUAUGCCUAUCAUUGGCUGGAUGUGGUAUUUCCUAGAGAUAGUCUUCUGCAAGCGUAAGUGGGAGGAAGAUCGGAAAACAGUCAUGCAGAAGUUGCUGAAUCUCCGGGACUACCCUGAAAACUUUUGGUUCCUGAUUCAUUGCGAGGGCACAAGGUUCACAGAACAGAAGCACCAGAUUAGCAUGCAGGUAGCCGAAGCCAAAGGCCUGCCCAAGCUCAAGUAUCACCUACUGCCACGAACGAAAGGAUUUGCUGUCACUGUGCAGUGUUUGAGAAAUGUAGUUUCUGCAGUCUAUGAUUCUACCCUCAAUUUUAGAAAUAAUGAGAAUCCAACAUUGCUGGGAGUUCUAAAUGGAAAGAAAUACCAUGCAGAUUUGUAUGUAAGGCGGAUUCCACUAGAGGAAGUCCCAGAAGAUGAACAGGAAUGUUCUAACUGGCUCCACAAACUGUAUCAAGAAAAGGAUGCAUUCCAGGAAGAGUACUACCGAACAGGAACCUACCCAGCAGUCCCUAUAGUACCACCCCGACGACCAUGGACGCUUUUGAACUGGCUUUUCUGGGCCUUAUUGCUGCUAUAUCCUUUAUUCAAGCUGCUCAUCAACAUGAUCAACAGUGGAUCAUCACUGACACUGGCUAGUUUUGCAUUUGUCAUUGUAAUGGCUUCUGUUGGUGUUAGAUGGAUGAUAGGUGUUACAGAAAUUAACAAAGGCUCCACCUAUGGCAACAAUGACAACAAGCAGAAACAAAAGUAGUAUCUUCAGAGACUGCUUCAAUCCAAAGGGAACAAAUGCAACUUCUGAAAACUCUUAAGUGCACAUCAUGGUCCUUCAAGUGAGAUCAGAGGAAGGGUAGGACGAGCAAAUUGCCAUGCAUAUCUGAAUCUGUGCUCCUGUUAUUUUUAUCUGGGGGUUUGGGCUAGAUGCCAUGCUUGAAAGAUGCAUUCCUUUGUACGCUCUCCACAACAGGUUUGCAUUUGUUUGGUUGGUUUGUUUUCCUAUAAAGUGUCUUAAG